AUGGGGCCGGCAACGGAACGGCAACGGAAUGCGUGCAAAACACAGUGGUUCAAAACUACACAUUUAAACACCCAUAUUCCAAUUUCUUCUCGCCCAACCUUACCCCAACAGGAAGCGGUCAUCAACGAGCUCAAGACCAAGACCAACUCGGUGCGGGAGAAGAAGCUGCUCCAGCAGGACGAGGUCUACAACGGAGCACUGGAGGACAUCCUGCUGGGGCUGAAGAACGAACCAUACCGCAGAGCGGACGCAGUCCGGCGAAGUCAACGGCGGCGUAUCGACAGCAAUCGACUAUCGCGAACCAUGGAGGAGAUGGAGUUCUGAUCGUAGAUCAUCGGGAUGUUUUAGGAUUUUAAACAAAAAAAAAAUGUGAUUUUAAACCACGUUCACCUAUCUAGAGGUGAGUGAACGGCGCACAUCUCUCGUAAACAGCAACAACACUCAAAACAGUAAGCACAAUAAUGACUAUUAAUGAUAAUGACAAACGCAAACAUUCGCAGUGAAGGCUCUCUCGUUUUUCUGGCACAGUUAUAUAAAAUAUUGUUCUUUUUUUCUGUAAGUAGUAACGUUAUUUUCCUUGUAUAAAGAGGCAAUUUUAAGUCAUAGUUUUAGGGAAGAAAAACGAUGAGACGUCUGGUGGAAAACUUGUUUUUAUACUAUGUUAUUAAUAUUUGAUUCACGAUCUUUCAGUGACAAACUAUACGUUUAUUUUAUGUAUAUAUUUUGUUCAUUAAAUUGACAUAAGACAUACGCAUUAAUAUACACUAAAAGAAGUCCAUCAAUUUAUG